GAAAACCAAAAAGGCUUCAGUGUCUAUGGGCAUUUGCACACAGUCUAGACUGACUUGAUUAUUAACCUGAUGUUUACAUUGCUCCAUGGAUUUAUCAACGGGAUUACGGUGUCUGCUAGGAGAUUCCCCUAAGGAUUACCACAGAAUUUACUACAUUAGAACAAUAAUGGGCUUCAUUUUUUUACUUCUUCUUAUCCCAGCGGCAGUCUGCUCGCCAGUGUUGAUUCCAGUUGACUGUAAUGACUUGUACGUCAGAGGUUUUGGUCACAGUGGGGUGUACAGCAUCUACCCAGGAGGACCAGUCUCCCCUACCCAGGUCUACUGUGACAUGGGCUGUGAGGAUGAACCUGAUGGUGCUAAAUGGACAGUCCUCCAGAGAAGAAAGGAUGGCACCAUUAACUUUUAUCGUGGAUGGGACCAGUACAGAGCUGGAUUUGGACAAGCAUCUGGAGAAUAUUGGUUGGGUCUAGAGAACAUUCAUCUCCUCACUCUAAGGAAGAGCUAUGAACUGAGGAUAGAUCUGGAAGACUUUGAGGGGGCAAAGGCUUACGUCCAUUAUUCCUCCUUCACAGUGGGUCCAGAGCACGAGGGCUACAGGCUUAGUUUAAGUGGCUUCAAAGACGGAGGAGCUGGAAAUUCACUAGCGGGACAUGAUGGUCAGAAGUUUUCUACAUUUGACAAAGAUCAGGACACUUAUUCUUCAAACUGUGCUCAGACCUACCUGGGCGGAUGGUGGUAUGGAGAAUGUCAUACUGUUAAUAUCAAUGGUCUUUACUUGUGGGGCAGCUCAAAAUAUGGGAUUGGAAUGAACUGGGUGUCUUGGAAAGGAUAUGAAUAUUCUUUGAAAGCCAUUGCAAUGAAGAUAAGACCCAAAGAGUGAUUGUAAUAAUUAAAUAAUGACUCUUUUGUCAUGUUUAAUUAUGGCUCAUUUAUUUUUCAUCGGGUGUUGCGCAUUGAACUUCCCUGUUUGCCAGCCGGUCUGCGAAUAGAAUAGAUCAAAUGCAGUACCGUACCAUUAUUACAAUUGUUAAAAUGAUUCUUUAAUCAACAAGUUUUUUUCAGUCCAACAUAUAAUCUUGUUAGUAAAUGAGAAUAGAAAAUCAAAGGGUGCUUAUAUUGCACAUGUCUGUUAUUACACAUUAUUUACUUACAAUUAUUUAGCAAAACCCUGAUGCAUGUUCACCUUACAGCUGGACAUCAAAAAACAGUGAAACAGUCAAAUCUUUAUUUUUUCCCAACCCUUCUCUGCAGCAUGCUACACAAAGCAAGCGUGGCAUUGAACACUCUGUCAUGUUUAAAGAUCAUCUUAUAAAAGGUGUCCAGAGGCAGGCGACCUGUCGGAUCUGCGUGUUUCAGUGCAGUCAUGGGCAUGUACAGGCGGUUGGUCUGGUGGCGGAGAGGAGGCUCCUUGGCUGUGAUAACUUUAACUGUUUGCUGGAUAAUGAAAAUAAAAAUAUUUCAACACAG